UAAUGCAGCACCACCCAGGAACUCACAACCUGCGAUCCUGCCUCAAGCAACGUCGACGCAGUUGUAUCCUGACCUGAGAGCAAGCAAGUACUGACCGAACCGUACUCCAGCAGCUUGACUGCACUCGCUGGCUGUGUCUCCAAUUAUUCUGCUGAUGAGACAGCACGAUUAUUAUGCAGUGCAGAUUUCACCAUCACUCUGCAUGAACUCCUGCCAUAAAACGGCCAACGUCAAACGUCACAUACAAACUCCAAGUCGUUGUCUGUGGUCGGACUGCAUUCACCCAAACGAAAAAGGCUCACUUUCCAACUUGACACCUCCUGCAAGAGUGCGUGCGCAAGGCAGAGAGUCUCCAUUCUUCAUCUUCUUUUAGACACGUACACACAUCCGUCGCCAUGGCCCCGCAGCCCGUCCGGCCCGUAUUGAUGGAGCCGCAGUUGUCCGUCGUGCACACGUGCGGCAUCACCUUCUCGCCCGUCAAGCGCGGCUCGCGCGACAUCAUCGAUACACUCAAGCACCAAUGCGACUGCGCGCCGCGUUCCGUCUCCAUGGGCGAAUAUGUGGCCAGCCCGCGUGUCACGUCGGGACAAGUGCAGGGAUUCGCCAAGGAGUCCGAUCACCUGUUAGCCGAGCAGUCCUACGCCAUCGAUAUGCACAAAACAGCGUCUGCAGAUGUCCAGAAGGAGCAGCCACGCGGCACCAGCUCGCUUUGGGGCUCUACAUUCACUCUGACCAACACUAUCUUGGGAUCAGGCACCCUCGCUGUACCGUUCGCCAUCGCGUCGAGCGGCUGGCUGCUUGGCAACGCUAUUAUGCUAGCGAUCGCCAUGAUCACGCGGUAUUCGGUGCAUCUAUUGCUAUCAGCGAGCGACCGGGCCGGUAGCAAUUGCGCUAAGACGUACGAGAGUCUCGGCCACUUCACUAUGGGCGCAUUCGGCACCAGAUUGGCUGAGUUUACCUUCAUUUUCGGAGGUUUUGGCACACUCGUGAGCUACUUGAUCUUCGUCACGGACUUGUGCGCCGCCGUGCUGUCCGUAUCGAUGCAGGACAAGUGGAUGAUCACAGUCACGCUGGUCGCAAUUGUCGUGUUUCCCUUGUCACUGAGUCGCCGUAUUGGCAAACUGUGGCUUGCAUCAGUGCUUGCCAUCCUGUCUAUCGGCUACGUCGUGGCGUUCGUGGUUGUGGCGUUCCUAGCUGCGUAUAAUGCCGAUGGAGCGUCGAUAGGGCCAGGUGUGCAAGCUGUGCGUCUAGAUCCGGGUAGUGUCUACACAGUGACGCUGCUUAUCUCUGCGUUCGCGUGCCACAACACGGCAUUGCCAGUGUACGAAGAACUGAAAGACCGGACUUUACCCAGGAUGAACCGUGCUGUCAUUGGUGCUAUCAGCGUCGCGUUUGUACUGUAUGAAGUUAUUUCGCUGUGUGGAUAUCUGCAAUUUGGAUCGGAGACUAAGGACAAUAUCCUGCUGAAUUUCUCGCCUGAGUAUGUGGCUCACCAUAAGUCGGUGAAGGUGCCUCUACUGAUCGGACAAUUGUGUAUGGCUCUGGCGUUGGUACUCACCACUCCAAUUGCCAUGUGGCCAUUCCGUUCGUGCGUAUUGAGCGUGUAUCUGCGAGUGAAGAACGGCGUACAGACUCCCAGUCAUGAGGCGACGUACAAGGAGUAUAUUGGAGUCACAGUGGUGAGUCUGAUACUCAUCUUGACGUGCAGUAUCUUCGUACCGUCAGUCAAGAUUCCUCUAAGUAUCGUGGGAUCCGUCUCGGGAUCGCUAUUGAUCUUCAUUAUGCCGGCGUUGUUCUUCCUACUGCAGUCGACAGGCCCCAUGUUUACUCGUGAACACACGGGCCCACUACUUAUGCUCGGCGCGGGCGUCGUUAUCGGCGUUCUCGGUCUGUCCUUGACGCUGUUCAAGCUGUAUCGUGAAUAUUCUUAAGAUAUUAAUUUUAUCUAACAGGUAGAAACUCCAAAUAAGUUUAAAAAAAAUCAUUCCAUUUCGAUAA